CCACAAUCCACUUCAAUCAUGGCCGGCACACGAAAGUCCACGCGCAAAUCAACUUCUGCUGCCCCCAAGUAUGCGGAAUCGGACUCGGAAUCUUCGGAACAAAAGGCGCGGAAAAGCAAUGGCGCAAAGCCAACGCGUCGGAAACGCGCUCGGGAAGACGACCCAGAUGUGAAGGAGGACGGAUCUCCACCGCCCAAGAAGCCCACAAAAUCCAAAUCCCAAACUUCUAAACCCACCAAAGAUUCCACCCUCAAGCCCACGAAAGCCCCCGUAACCCUCCCAACCCCUUCCUCCACCACAAAUCGGGACUCCACUGGCGCCCAAGAAGUCUUUUGGCUCCUAAAAGCCGAGCCCCUCCCUCGGUACGAGAACGGCGUCAACGUCGCCUUCUCCAUUGACGAUCUAAGAGCCUGCACAGAACCCGAGCCAUGGUCCGGCGUCCGCAACCCGCAAGCCCGGAACAACAUGCAGGCGAUGCGGAAAGGGGACUUAGGAUUCUUCUACCACUCUAACGCCAAACCAUCUGGAGUUGUAGGGAUACUGAGGGUGGUGGAGGAGGCGAAGGUUGAUGAGACGGCGUUUGAUGAGAAGGAUCCGUACUUUGAUCCUAAGAGUGAGAGGGAGAAACCGAAGUGGUAUUGUGUGAGCGUCGAGUUUGUGAGGAAAUUUGAGGGGGUGGUAGAUUUGGCGAGCAUUAAGGGUUUUGCAGGAGCUGGGGGGGCGUUGGAAGGGAUGCCGUUGGUUACGAAUUCGAGGCUAAGUGUUAGUAGGGUUAGUAGGAAGGAAUGGGAGUUUAUUUUAGGGCUCGCCGAGGGGGAAGGCGGGGGAGUAGGGACGAACUAA